CAGACGGUAAAACCUUGGUCACUGCUCGACCGGAACCGCCAUGUUGAGGCCGAACCCUGACCCACCGGCAGUACCCGUCCCAGCAGGCCCCGCGCUCGCCCCUCACGUGACGGAGUACACAUCCCCUUUUGAAUACCUUGGACCUCAAUCCCUUAUGUGAGAAUCCUAUAAAAUAAGUUCUGUGAAAACUGGCAUUUUGUCUCCUUGUUGGGAACUGUGUCACCAUCACCAGAACGAAGUCUGGCAUACAGUGGGCACUAAAGAAGUCUUAUUAAAUGUGUGACUUAAUAAAUGAUAUAUUUGGUCAUGUCUAAAAGAGGAUGGGGCGAAGAGUACCAACAAUAGCAGGAGACCCUGAGCCAAGGAAACCCGGGUCGUAGAAUUUAGCACUGGAAUCCUUGUCUUACAGUUGAAAUUCGAAUCCGGGUUUCCAGAACCCUUUCACCGCCCCAUACUACCUCUCCAUUAGUGGAGUAUUGGUUAGAUGACUGAAGUCCUGGCGACACUCGAUCAAAUUUUGCCUUUGUAGCCUAUGGUGAUUCCCACGGUGCAGGGCAGAUAGGACCAGCACCUUUCGUGUGGGGUCUGGUUCCCAUAAAGCAUGACCAGGCCCGCACUCUCCCUAACUUGCAAGACUGGGUAAGGAGGCUGUGUGCAAUAGCCUGGAAGGCUCACUGAAGCGCAGGUCCUCAGCUCUGCAGUUGAGGUUUCAGGUUUCAGUUCUCCCAGGAGCACGAGAUGUCGCAGCGUGCACGGUGCGGCUGCCGCCUCCGCCUCCCCAUCUCCGCUAAGGCUGCGCUCGAAAGCCAGUUCCAGGCGCGGCCGCGCACACUCUUCUGCCCUAGACGAAGGUUGGGCGCCGUGGCUGAGGCUGCUGCUAAGCUGCAGUAGCUGGGCGCGCUGGGAGGCGGCGAGCACAGCUGGGCCGGGACUUCCUUCCUCUACCGCAAGACAACAAAACAACCCGGCAGCAGGCACUGAACACUUGGCAGCUGUCUGGGCGAGAGGCGCAGCCAUGGGCUCCGUGCUUAGCAGCGAUAGCGGCAAAUCCGUCGCCGCCUCGGCCGCCCCGCGGGCCCUGGAGCGCAGGGGGGACCCGGAGCUGCCCGUCACGUCCUUCGACUGCUCCGUGUGCCUCGAGGUGUUGCACCAGCCCGUCCGGACCCGCUGUGGCCACGUAUUCUGCCGUUCCUGUAUCGCUACCAGUCUAAAGAACAAUAAAUGGACCUGCCCUUAUUGCCGGGCAUAUCUUCCUUCAGAAGGAGUUCCAGCAACUGAUGUAGCCAGAAGAAUGAAAUCAGAGUACCAGAACUGCGCUGAGUGUGACAGCCUGGUUUGCCUCAGCGAAAUGAGGGCACACAUAAGAUCUUGUCAGAAGUAUAUAGAGAAGUAUGGACCACUGCAAGAACUUGGGGAGACGGCAACAAGGUGUGUGUGUCCAUUUUGUCAGAGGGAACUGGAUGAAGACAGCUUGCUGGAUCACUGUAUCACUCAUCACAGAUCAGAAAGGAGAUCUGUGUUCUGUCCACUCUGCCGAUUACUACCUAAUGAAAAUCCAGGCAGCUUCAGUGGCAGUUUAAUAAGACAUUUGCAAGUCAAUCACACUUUGUUUUAUGAUGAUUUCAUAGAUUUUAAUAUAAUUGAGGAAGCUCUUAUCCGAAGGGUUUUAGACCGGUCACUUCUGGAAUAUGUGAAUCACUCAAACACCGCAUAAUUUUAUUCAAAGGAAAGGAGAGGAGACCAUUCAAUUGCACCAUUUGUUAAGAUGCUGCUCGAACAAUUGGAGGGAAAUUGUCAAUGUUCGAUGGGCAAAAAUGUACAACACAGUUAUAUGUUUGUCUAUGUUUAUUGUUAUAUUGCAUUUUAAAACUGCUUUCAUUGGGAUGGUUUAAAUCUGUUUUACAUUCUUGACUUUCUUAGACACUUAACAAAAAAUAGUCUCCAUCAGCCACCAAGGUAUAGAAGAGAACAUGAGGCAGGAUAUGUGGGUGAACGAUCUUUAUUUGCAAAUUGGAUGAUACUAUGUGUAAUGCUAUAGAUUAAUAACUAUCAUCAUAGUUGGGCAAGAUAACUUAUAUUUGUUCUAUGUAAAAAGAUAGAGAAUGAAACCAAGUAUGGACAUUCAAGGAAACCUGAAAUCUGCUCUAGUGCUUAUCUAAUCUCUAAUAGAAUAAUAUGGGUAGCCUUGUAUCAAAGUAGGAAAGGAAAAUCUUGGAAGUCAACAAAGUCCGCUUAACCAAAUUACAAAACAUAAUACUGUAAACAAAGUAAAUGUGUUAACAAUGUAUACUUAAUCCUUUGACUUUUUAUAACUAUGCACAAUAAGAAUUUAGUAUUAUAUUUUUCAAAUAUUUGUAGCUUAUUAUUUAGAAAUAUUUCUAUAAUAUAGGUAAUUUCUUAAAGACCUUUAGCUGAUAUUUAUAGAAGUGUUCAUAUUCAUAAUUUUUAGUGGAAAAUCCUAAGGGCUUUGAUUUUUUUUUUUUACUUUUAUCUUUUAGAAAGAAUAAAAUAAAAUAUAAAUACUGAAAACCAAACAGAAAAUGUAGGAAACAGUUUUAGAACUCUGCCAGCCACUCUGGAUGUCCUCUGUGUAUCCACUCACAGUUAUUAGCUGUCUUCCACAGGAGUAACCACUACAGUGAUAUCAAUACCUAAGUGUGUAUUUUUAAUCUGUAGGUUUUUUCUUUUCCUUAAAAUGUAUUAUUAGUUAAGAACUUGGUCUGGAUAGAGUUAUCCACAGCCUGUAUUUUGCCGUUUGCAUACUCAUGGUGCAAUUCAGCAUGUUCCUCUUUCCUCUGAAUAUUGACACAUGGAUCCAAAUAUAAUAGACUCAGGUUUAAUCCUUUUUGGCAAGAUUAUAGGUCAUGGUGUGUUCUUUCAUCAGAGGGCACACAAUGUCUGGUUCUCUCUUUUCGUGAUGUCAGCUGAAAUUGAUACUCAAUGCCUUGAUCCAUUGAUUUAUUGUGAGUUGGAGGAUAUUCUAACCCUAUCAUUUCUCUUUCAUUUAUUAGUUGGAACAUUUUUAUAAAGAGAUGUUUCCCCACAUCUACUAUUUGGUUGACCAACGGUCAGAUUUGUAUAGGAAAGGGAAAGUAAAUGUUUGUAUUUUCCCUUUAUUUACUAAUUUUCAAGAUAAUAAACUUGUUUCCUAUUUCUUCCAGA